AUGUUUUUUUAGAAAAAGGAUUGUUUUAAUAAUUAAGACAUUUAUUUAUUUAUAGUACUUCUUGUUUGCUUGAAAUCUUAGAAUUCAAAAAAACCAAUUCUGAAGAUAACUUUAGAUAUGAUGUCAGGUGCAUCAUUUUGUAAGUUAGAUAAUCCUCCUAGCUUCAAAUAUUCUCAAAUGAUUGUAUCCUCUAAUAAUAAAGUAUAUUAAUGAAACUACUCUUUUUGAUUUAGACUACUACUUCGUCUAAAAAAUAAAGUUUAAAAUUUCAGGUUAUCUUCUCAUAUAUCAAUCCUUCUAUUUUUUAUGAGGGAGAAAAAAAAUGUAAAUUUGGUUUAAUCUACAAUUGA